GGUCAAGCUGCCGCUCCCGUGCGCACCGCCUCCGUGUCUGAUGAUGAGGGCCACGGCUCUAGCUUCAAGAUUACAAUCGUCGGCAUCGGCUCCGUCGGCAUGGCCUGUGCCUACAGCCUCCUGCAAAAGGGUCUCGUUGGCGAGCUCGUCUUGGCUGAUGUCAUGAAGGACAAGCUCAAGGGCGAGGUGAUGGAUCUUCAGCACGGCGGUGCUUACCAGCAUGGUCGCAUCGUCGAGUGCGAUGAUGACUAUGAAGCCUCACGCAACUCUGACAUUUGCAUUAUCGCAGCUGGUGUGCGCCAGCAGGAUGGCGAAACUCGCCUUCAGCUCGCGGACCGCAACCGCGACGUCCUCAAGCACAUCAUCCCUCCUUUGGUUGCCAAGAGCCCUAACACGGUCAUUCUCAUGGUCUCCAACCCUGUCGACAUCAUGACCUACAUUGCUUGGCAACUCUCUGGCCUGCCAGCCAACCGUGUGCUGGGUAGCGGUACCUUCCUCGACUCGUCCCGUUUCCGUACCCUCAUCGGCCAGGAGUUGGAUGUCAACGCGUCGUCUGUUCAUGCCUGGAUCGUCGGCGAGCAUGGCGACUCGAGCGUGCCUGUGUGGAGCAGCGUCAACAUUGCCGGUGUCCACCUCGACACCUCGCAUAGCGCCAAUUUUGACAAGAUUCACGAACGGGUGGUCAGCGCUGCCUACGACGUCAUCAAGCUCAAGCAAAAGGGUUACCUCUGUCCUUACCAGAGCCGCUUUCUUCCGCACCGCCAGGGGUACACCAACUGGGCCAUUGGCUCGGCCGUCAGCACACUCUGCGGCAUCAUCUUGCAGAAUCAGCAGCGCGUGGUGCCUGUCAGCACCUACGUCAAGGGCGUGCAUGGCAUUGACGAAUCAGUCUUCCUCUCCCUGCCCUGCGUUCUGGGCAGCCGUGGCGUUGAACGCAUUCUUCACCAGCCCCUCGACGACAAGGAGCUCCAGUCGCUUCAGUCAUCAGCCAAAAACUUGUGGGCCGUCCAGAAGGACAUUAAGUUUUAG